UUAUUUCCAGUUGGAAGUUUAAUUAAUUAGAUAUGAACUAAAGCGUUACGCCACGGAAGAAUUUAGGAUCUGUUCGCAGCAUCCGUUUCAACGCUAAAUCCAAACAACAAAAGAAGAUUAGCAAAAUCGGAUUAUCUUCUUUGUUUCUUUUCCCUUGACAAGUCUUCGUUUUUGAAUUAGGGUUUUUGGACAAUUCUUCUCUUCUUCGGCUGCAAAAGGUUUUCGCAAGAUAUGGCUGGCUCUGUUGGUGAGGAAACUGAGCCAGAAUGGAUUAAGAGAGUGAAAUUAGAGGGAGCUGUUCCAUGUCUUAAGCCAGACGACAACUGCAAAAAUGGUUGGACGACGCCAUCUCCUGACACAUUUAUGGUUAGAGGACCAAAGUAUUUCUCUGACAAAGUUAAGAUACCUGCUGGUGAUUUCCUUCUAAAGCCUCUGGGUUUUGAUUGGAUUAAAGGUCCUAAAAAGCUUUCUGAGAUCCUGAGUUAUCCAAGCAGCCGAAUCAGGAAAGUUAUCGAUGAGGAGUUUCAAAAAGAUGGAACUAAGCCUUUUGUCUGGGCAUUCAAUCUCCAGCUUCCUCACAAAGACAAUUACAGUGCUGUGGCUUACUUUGUUACCACAGAGCCUAUCCUUGAAGGCUCCCUGAUGGAUCGGUUUUUGAAAGGAGAUGAUGGGUUCAAGAAAUCGAGGCUUAAACUGAUUGCAAACAUUGUCAAAGGCCCUUGGAUUGUUAGAAAAGCUGUUGGAGAGCAAGCGAUCUGUGUGAUUGGACGUGCACUCUCUUGCAAAUAUGUUUCAGGGGAAAACUUUGUGGAGAUUGAUGUCGAUAUUGGUUCUUCAAUGGUCGCUAGUGCCAUUGUUCAUCUCGCAUUUGGCUACGUUACUACAUUGACAGUUGAUCUUGCGUUCCUCAUUGAGAGUCAGACCGAAGCAGAGCUUCCAGAAAAGCUACUAGGAGCUGUGAGAUUCUCUGAGCUGCAGACCGAGUCAGCCACAUCUAUCGAACUGUCCUCAAGCACCAGUAAUGACCAGUGGGAUCAAACUACCUCAGAGCGGUCGAGCUGGUGGAAAUCGAUUGGAAAUGGAUUCUCUAAUCUGCUUAAUCAAGAUACGGCCAACAUGAACAAUACUUCUCAUGGGGACAUCCAGAAGGAUGAACAUGUACAGAAGCAGUAAGUGUUUUGGGAGUUAUUAACUUCACAAUUCUUUGAAUUUGUUCGAUUUCAUUACCAAAAAACAGAAACAAAAACUUGUCAAUUCUUUAAAAAAACCACAGAUGUAUAGAUUGGUUUUUACUAAUAUGGAUGGAUAUGUGAUAUCCAACAACAAUUCUUGUGACCAACCAUGCCUAAUUUUGUAUUGGUGUCUUUUAGGAUCAUUCUUUUUCUCGAACGGGCUAAGCAUUCAUUUCUUUGUUAGUUAACAUGCCAG